AUGCGAAGCAAGUACCUGUCCUCUGCGCAGCGGGCCGUGCCCGCCGACAUGGCGCGCAAGGUGCAGUUCUUCACCCUCGACGUCAUCAGCAAGGUCGGCCUGGGCACCGCGUUUGGCAUGCUGCGGGCCGACGCCGACGUCGACGACUACCUGCGGUCCAGCGAGGAGGGCCUGCGCGUCGGCAACACGGCGCUGGCGCUCGGCGUCGGCUGGCUCGCGCACCUGCCGUGGCUGGGCCGCUUCGUCGCGCCGUCGCCCGACGACGGCAGCGGCUUCGGCAAGAUGAUUGCGGCGUGCUUCCGCCUCGUGGACGAGCGCGCCGCGCGGCCCGCCGACGACGACGCCCGCUCUGACAUGCUCGCGUCGUUUAUGCGCCACGGCCUGGCCGGCGACGAGCUGCGCACCGAGGCCCUCGAGCAAAUCAUCGCCGGCUCCGACACGACGGCCACGGCCAUCCGCGCGGCCCUGCUGCACGUCAUGACGAACCCGCGUGUGUGCCGCGCCCUCCAGGACGAGGCCGACGAGGCCGUGCGCGGCGGCCGCGCAGAGGGCAGCAUCAUCACGGCGGCGCGGGCCAGGCAGCUGCCGUACCUCCAGGCCGUGAUUCGCGAGGCGCUGCGCUUCAGCCCGCCCGUGGCCAACAUCUUCUCCCGCGACGUCCCGCCCGGCGGCGACACCGUCCGCGUCAACGGCCAGGACGUCUUCCUGCCCGGCGGGACGUGCAUCGGCUACUCUGCGUACGCCAUGCACCACGACCGGGACGUGUACGGGCCCGACCCCGACGCCUUCCGCCCGGAGCGCUGGCUCGAGCCCGACGAGGGCAAGCUGCGGCCCAUGGUCUUUGCCAACGAGCUCGUCUUUGGCCAUGGCAAGUUUCGCUGCCUGGGACAAAAGGUGGCGCACAUGGAGAUUAGCAAGUUCAUAUUCGAGGUAUUCCGCCAAUUCGACCUGGCCAUUGUUGAUCCGGCCCAUCCCUGGACCAGGCGCAACUGUCUGGGCCUGUUCCAGAUUUCGAACAUGUGGGUUCAGGUGACUGAGCGCAAGCAACUGGUCUAA